GCUACUAAAACAAAUAGAAAGAGAAGAAGAAGAGGGAUUAGGCUGACGUUGAAACCAAACAGGAAAAGUGUGAGCGGAAAGACAGUCACAGCGAAGGCACCAGCUGUCAGGGCAGGAAUAAUCCACCGAGCCUCUGCCGCCAUCAUGUUGUCCGAAGGAGGCUCUUUCAUGAAGGGGAUGGCCUUGGGAGGCGUCUUCUGCUUGGUGCUGUCGCUGCUGGGCAGUUUCAGCCCCGUCACCGAGUCCAGGACGGAGGAGGAGCACCACCACCACCAUCACGUCAAGGCGGCGAGCAAAGACGAGCUCCAGCAGCUCUCCGACAGCAGGCUGCGGGAGCUGAACGACCAGCUCAAGGUCUAUUGCGUCAUCAUGGUCCAGCCCAAAACCCUGGUUUACUGGGCCACAGCUUUGGACACCUGGACCAAGCACUGCGACAAGGCCGAGUUUUACACCUCGGAGUCUUCCAAGGCGCUGGAGGCGGUCGACCUGAAGGAAAAGGACGACUGGGCGAGGCUGCGUAAAGCCCUGCAGCACGCCUACGAGAACGCCGGGGACAUCCGCUGGUUCUUCGUGGCCCAGCCCUCCACCUUCGCCAUCAUCGAGAACCUCAAGUAUCUGGUGCUCACUAAGGAUCCGGAGCAGCCGUUCUACCUGGGGAAGGCGGUGAAGUCCGGGGAGCUGGAGUACGUGGAGUUCGGCAGCGGCAUCGUCCUCAGCUACGAGGCUCUGAGGAGGCUGGUGGACGUCUUCCAGGACGAGGACAAAUGCCCGGAGAGGGGACGCGCUCUGUGGAAGCUGAGCGAGGACAAGCAGCUCGCCGUGUGCCUCAAAUUCACGGGCGUGUUCGCGGAGAACGGCGAAGACGUCCACGGGAAGGGCGUGUUCAACAGCAGGAGCGUGGACAGCUUGAUCUCGGAAAGCAUGAAGCAGAACCCCAACAACGUGGUGGAGGGCUGCUGCUCCGACAUGGCCGUCACCUUCAGCGGCCUGUCGCCCAACCAGAUGCAGGUCAUGAUGUUCGGAGUUUACAGACUCCGUCCGUACGGACACGACUUCCACGACCUGUUGACAUUUUACCCGCCCAAGGGUUCAGACAACGACUAGUCUCACUCAGUCAAGCUGGAUGCGUCCUUUUAAACAUUUUGCUUCUGUGAUGGCAAACCUGACUUUGGAUAUUUUGGGGUUUUUGUUUGUUUCUGAUGAUGUUUUAUGAUACUUGAUCCUUGGUGGAAAGAAGUUUUUGUUGUACACAUGUAACUUUUUGCACUUGAUGCAGUCUGAUGUCUGUGGAGUCCUCCCCCAGCAGCAGGACUGUGGGUUUGAGUCUGGGUAAACCCAAUAUGAAGUUUGGUUAUUGAAAUUUUCUUCUGCAUCUCCAAAUGUCGUUUUGUUCUAAAUCUGUGGAGACAGACGCAUCGUGACAGUUUAGCUGUAAUCCAGCUGCUUUUGUGUUAUGAUUGGUUUUGUCAUUUUAUCAAAUAUUGGCUUUAGGACAUUUUCAGAGGACCCCACCUUCUUUUCUUCCUGUGUUUUACAUUCACUGCAUUUUCUUUUUUUUUUUUAUAAUAAAAGUGAUGGAAAUUAAAUCUUUAGGGAACUUGUAUGAGUUUUGGCAACAGGGAAAGAUUGUUGGUAUGUUUCUGAAUCAUUUCUACCUCCAAAAUUACCGUAUUGGAUUAUAAAAGUGAAAAUACUACUAAAAACAACAAUCUUUAGCAAUUAUAAUUGGACUGAGAUAACUCUGUCAAUUGUUUUUUUUUUUUUUUUAUGCCACUGUCGACUUAAGCUGAUCCAGACAGUAACAUUUCACUUUGAUAAAGAAAUGUGGAAUUUAAAAUGAAACAAAAACAUUUGACAGUUUGUCCAUAGAGAAGAAUUGGACACUAGAAGGGGGGGAAAAAAGAAAUGUAAUUAAGAAACAUGAAAAUAUUAUCAUAGCCAGCUGUUUUGUUUUAUUACCUAAUCAUAUUCACACAUUUCCCCAGUUUUACACCUAAAUGUUAAUGUUGAUCAACCUUAUUAGAUUUAUCUGUGAAAUGUCUACAAGAAAAGGAGUUUUAUAUGAAACCUUCAGAUCUGAAGGCUUAAACAAUUAACAGAAAUUAAAUUCU